CAGCCUGCGUUCGCCAUGAAGCGACCCAAGGAGCCGAGGGGCUCCGACGGCGAGUCCGAUGGACCCAUCGACGUGGGCCAAGAGGGCGAGCUGAGCCAGAUGGCCAGGCCGCUGUCCACCCCCAGCCCUUCGCAGAUGCAAGCCAGGAAGAAACGCAGAGGGAUCAUAGAGAAACGGCGUCGAGACCGCAUUAACAGUAGCCUGUCUGAAUUGCGACGCUUGGUCCCCACUGCCUUUGAGAAACAGGGCUCUUCCAAGCUGGAGAAAGCCGAGGUCUUACAGAUGACGGUGGAUCACUUGAAAAUGCUCCAUGCCACUGGCGGGACAGGAUUCUUUGAUGCCCGAGCCCUGGCAGUCGACUUCCGGAGCAUUGGUUUUCGGGAGUGCCUCACCGAGGUCAUCAGGUACCUGGGGGUCCUUGAAGGGCCCAGCAGCCGUGCAGACCCCGUUCGGAUUCGCCUUCUUUCCCACCUCAACAGCUACGCAGCCGAGAUGGAGCCUUCGCCCACACACACUGGCCCCCUGGCCUUCGCUGCCUGGCCCUGGUCUUUCUUCCAUAGCUGCCCGGGGCUGCCAGCCCUGAGCAACCAGCUCGCCGUCCUGGGAAGAGUGCCCGGCCCUGUCCUGCCCAGUGCCUCCUCUCCUGCUUACCCCAUCCCAGCCCUCCGAACCGCUCCCAUUCGCAGAGCCACAGGCAUCAUCCUGCCAGCCCGGAGGAAUGUGCUGCCCGGUCGAGGGGCAUCUUCCACCCGGAGGGCCCGCCCCCUAGAGAGGCCAGCGACCCCUGUGCCUGUAGCCCCCAGCAGCAGGGCUGCCAGGAACAGCCACGUCACUCCCCUCCUGCGAUCUUCCUCCCCCACACCCCCUGGUCCUACAGGGUCUGCUGCUUAUGUGGCUGUUCCCGCCCCCAACUCAUCCUCCCCAGGGCCAGCUGGGAGGCCAGGGGGAGCCAUGCUCUACCACUCCUGGGUCUCUGAAAUCACUGAAAUCGGGGCUUUCUGAGCUGCCCCUUCACCACCCCGCCCCCAGGAAUAAGGAAGGUUCUUUUACCAGGAGCCCGAAAAAGGGCACUGUCUUUUCUGCUUUGCUUCCUGGACUGGCUCAUAUGUGAAGGCACAUUCUCCAGCCAUCAGAGGCCCCCUCCUCCUCCAGCCCAUCUCUCCUCCUCGCUGUUAUCCCAGCUUAUCCACCCAGCUCUCCUGGAGCUGUUCUGGUCUCAGAGGCUUGGUUCCAUUCCUCACCUGCACAGAUGAGUCCUGGGAGAGACCCUCAGAGCUGCGCGCAGACCCCUCUCCUGCCCUCUGCACACCAGCAGCAGGCAUGAACCUUGGGUCUGGGAAAAAGCUUUAACCCGAAGGGCACCAGGACCCAAGGCAGGCUGUUCCUUGGAGCGGUCAGACCCCAGUCAGGAGCAAUGACUGACUGGCUGCAGCCUUCCCACGCCAAGAGGCUGGAACAUAGUGUCUGCCUCGCUUCCUGGAGAUAGUAACUGAGCAGGGGCCACCAAGAGGUCUCCUGGGAACCCUGUCUGCCCCUGCCCACCUGUCCUUGGGCCACACCAUCACACUGAACCACAGGACAGACCCUUUCUCCACCACAGCCAAGGCCUGGAGACUGGGGGCCCAGCAGAGCCUGCUCCCACCCUCCUCCCAGCAGCAGACACCCACCCUCUCACUGACUAAUAGGUCCCUGCACACAGCUGGCCUGAUUAACCCAGCUGGGAGGUUUCUAGGCAGCAGCAAAACUCUGUGACAGGGUGUCCUCACACCAGGCCUUGGACAGCUCUCCCAGACAGGAGCCAGGGUUGAGCAAUGGAGAGCCCAGCCCCCCACGUCUUACAGUCACCAUCCUCCAGGCGUGUGGUCCCUCCCCAUUGGGUGCACACAGUGCAGAGGGGCCGCGGCCCCAUGUGAUGGUGUGCAGAGAGCAACCUCUUGGGAUUCAGCACCAGACGUCUGAGCUGCCUGGUUUGCAUCCGGCUCACAGAGCCCAGACUGCUGGAACAGCCAAGGGCUGUCAGGCUGGACAAAAAUAACUGCAAGGAGGGGCAAGAGGAAGGAUGAUUCGAGGCACCUCGGCCCUUCAAGGUCAUGCAACGGGUCGAGGGCCUGAGAUCCUGUUCACCAGGACUCCACAGAGCUGGCUGUGCUCAGAGGCCAUUUCAUUCCCCAGCUCCACCCCAGGCCACUUUUUCUAAUAGAGGAAACAUAUGGUCCAGCGAUCAUUCCCGGCAGAAGAGUGGAGACUAGACUGACAUCCAGUGGGACCAGUGUUGCCACACCAGUUGAUAAAAUGCAGAAACCCUUUUGUACUCAUUGGUAAACAUCUACUCCCCCAAGUGAUUUCACCCCCCCCCCCCCCCCCGCCCACGACUGCCUGGCACUUCCCCCAGGACUCCUACUAUCUGGUUACUGCCUGGUAGAUCCAAGGCUAUGGAGUCCCAGAGCCAGCAAUUCACUAGUACUCAUUCCACACUGGUUAGAUACUUCAGUUGUCACCCCUGGGAAGAUUCUCCCACCUCCUCCCUUUGAUGGAACCACCCUCCCCAGAGGCUGCAUUGAGGAGACUCCAUGGACUGAAAAGUGAGUUGCAGAAACCCUGGGGAAAAGAGCCCUUUCAAAGAGGUGGAUAAGAGGGAGGAGAUCAUCUCAGUGUCCCAGAAAGCUAUUUUGAAAAGACAAACUCCUCAAGGAGAGAUAAAGAGGAAAGCACCUCUUUCAUUUUUAGUGUGAGCUGGUUCCAUCAGACUGCUGUCCUCCUGGACCUAUCUGAGAUGUGCAGUAGCAAGGAGAGGGGGGAUCAUUUUAGAGAGUGGGUCAUUGGCAGGGAGUGCUCCUAAGGGAGGCAGAGGGGAGACUGAAGUAGAAGGAAGACAGGACUCACACAUGCUCCCAGGAGUCGGGACAGAGACAGAGGAGGUAAGAGAAGGCAAAGGCCAGUUUCCCCUUUUUCAUGAAGGGGCCCACUCAGGACAGGAACAAGGACAACUCCUCCUCUUCCUCCUCCUCCUCCUCUCCUGCUGCUCCUGGGAUACCAGGUUAGUGAUGUAGUCUUGCAGUUUGGCAACUUCCUAGCCUGAGCAUCCCUAGUGGGGCUGUGGGAAACACAUUUCCACGUUGCAAGUAUGCAGCUCCAGAGAAUCUGUGACGCCACUGAAAUGAGGUGGGAAUGACCCAGCCCUUUCAGCAUCUUGGCUGAACUUGCUUUCAUUGUCCCUGGGAUAUUGUGGAAGGAAAGGCGACUGUGUGAUCUGAUUCCGUGGUCAAGGACUUGCAUCUUCUGUUUCUAUCCCCAAGCUUUCCUGGGGUCUCCAACUCCUACCCCAUUGCAGUGGUUGUUGCGGACAUCCAAUAUAGAUUUUUUUAGUGCUUCUGGAAA